GCGCUUAAAAGAACGUUAUUUUCAAAAUCUGUGUCAUGGUUAAAUUAAUUUCCAAUCUUUUCUUUUUGUUUGUUUUGGCGAAUUUAGUUUGUUGUUAUCGAAGGGUUCCAAAAACAAAUACUUUAAAACUAGUUCAUGUUUUAUUUAGGCACGCGCAAAGAACUCCAGAUGAAUCAACAAUUUAUCCAAACGAUCCCUACAAAAAUGUAACUUACGAACCUUUCGGAUUGGGUCAAUUAACAUCGGAAGGUUUUAAAACUCAAUAUCGUUUGGGAAGAAUGUUAAGAAGUCGAUAUGGAAACUUUAUCGGAAAUUACAAUUUGAAAGUUUUAAAAGCAAGAUCAUCGCCUUACAGUCGUACUAAAGUGGCGAUUCAACUUGUUUUAGCGGGUUUGUUCCCUCCAGUUGAUGAAAGAGAUUGGAACCCAAAUUUAAAAUGGCAACCAAUCGCUUUUGAUACGAAUCCGAUGGAAACUGACUUACUUUUCUUACCUCACAACAAUUGCAAAAACUUUUUAAAACUUCUAAACGAAUACAUGCAACGUGGAAUUAUAAACAACGAUUUUCCAAAACUCUCGAAAAUCGCUGAUUACUUAUCUUUCCAUUCCGGAUGGAACGUCACAUCACCUUUAAACGCAUUUUUACUUUACGCCGGUUUGCUUUCCGAAGAAGAAUAUGGACUUGAACUUCCAGAAUGGACCAAAGAGGUAUACCCAGAUCCUCUUCAUUCAAUUGCGGUUGAUUAUGUGGCGUCAAUUGAUAAAGAUGAUCGAUUAAAAACACUAUCAGGCGGAUUUUUAUUAGAUAAAAUCCUCGAAGAAAUUAAUUUAAAAAUUAAUCGAAGCGAAGAAAUGGAUAAAACGAAGAUUUCUUUAUUAUCGGGACACGAUUUUAAUAUUAUAGCGUUACUCUCAACUUUGGGAAUUUACAAACCCCAUUUACCGACUUAUGCAGCUUUUAUUUUAGUUGAAUUGCACGAAAUCGAUGAUGUUCUUGCUGUUAAGGUGUUUUAUAAUGAUUAUACGAAAAAAGAACCGCAACCAAUGAUUUUACCUGGCUGCGAAACAACUUUAUGUCCUUUAAAUAAAUUUAUUGAGAUUUAUGGGAAAUUUGUUGCUAAAAGAGAAAUGUGUUUUACGUAAUGAUAAAUAAAUUAUUAAAAAAAACAA